CCGGGUUCGCCCUCCCACUUCCGGUGCUUUCCGGUCGCGAGCUGUAGAUACCACCUCGCGUCGCAAUGGCGCUCUCUCUGAGCCUCUUUUUGGGCGGUCGUGUCCGCGCCUCUGUCGCUCGCUGUGGGUUCGCGUCCCAGGUCAUGGCGGGCCCGGGUUCUGUCAGCUGCGAGCCGGACCCCGAUUCCGACUGGGAGCCGGAGGAGCGGGAGCUCCAGGAGGUGGAGAGCGCUUUGAAACGACAGAAAAAAGCAAUGCGAUUCCAGAAAAUACGAAGGCAAAUGGAGGCUCCAGGUGCACCACCCAGAACACUGACGUGGGAAGCCAUGGAGCAGAUCCGGUAUUUACAUAAGGAAUUUGCAGAGUCCUGGUCAGUUCCAAGGUUGGCAGAAGGCUUUGAUGUCAGCACUGAUGUUAUCCGAAGGGUUUUAAAAAGUAAGUUUGUACCCACUUUAGAGCAGAAACUGAGGCAGGACCAAAAGGUCUUGAAAAAAGCUGGGUUUACCCAAGAGAUUUGUCAGCUUCCCGUUUCUGAAGAUACCUUGAAGCCGCUCAGUGCAGGCCGCUCUGUGUCUGGCCUGCUGAUGGCAGGGGAUGAAGUCUCCUCUAAAAGUCAGAAUCACAGCACAGCUUUGAAAGUGGUAAAGUCAAACCCUAACAGCACAGAUGCACAGAAGAAACGGGAAGGAAGGAAUAAAAGAAUCCAAGUCUUGGAAGAGAGCGUAGUGCCUACCACCACAGCCUUGGGUCAUCAGCGAGAACUUCAGAAGUCCACCACCAGUGACUCCGAGGCCACCGGAAGAGCUGACAGGGAUACAUUACCAAGUGUUGAGAUGCUGGAAGAGCUGAAGGCUGGGGAGCCAGGUGCCCAGAGCUUCAGCAGCAAAGUAGUGCAGAGGGGGCAUGAGUUCUUUGACAGCAAUGGAAACUUCCUCUACAGAAUUUGAGCCUAGGACUGGCUUUUGGAGAUGUCUUGACACAGCUGGACAGGUAGACUUGAAGCUGCCAGCAUUUUUGCACACCGUUGGCCACUUUGGAGUGAGAGUCGGUGAGGCUAGAAUGUGGGUGGAGGAGCUGCUUACUUAGGCAGGGUCAGACUUCUGGAGUAAGCCCCAUGGGUCCCCUCCAGAUCUAAGCACUCAUUCGUCUUUGUUGCUUGGUGGUCUCUCUGGUGAGAACAAGAAUUAUAUGUAUCCUGUGGUGGAUUUUUGUGAUACUAUGUUGGGAGGAAAUUGAAAGAUUGCCUCCUGACCUCAUUUCCUUUCUAAUCACUGGACUGUCUAUUCUUGAUCUGUUUAAUCAGUUGGUUUCCUUAUGAAUGAAAUAAAGUGAAAUGGAACAGUU